AUGUGCAUUCACAGUCCAUGGUUCACACUUCCGCCGUCGCCUGCGGCCGAUGGCGCCAUCCCCCUCAUGCCUGCAAGCAGGAAAGAAGACCCUUUCUCUCCCCACGACGAUGACACGGAGCAGUACACAGACAUUGGUACCGCCCUCAGCCUUUGCGACGGGGAUAAUGCGAUUCACCAUCUGGCCUCUCUGCGGUACUUUGGCGUCUCGGCCACACCUCUUACCUCAGAAGGACUAAAAAAGCUGCUGGGCCGCCUGCAAUCCUUGCGACACCUCGCCAUCUACCUCAACUAUGCGAAGGAGUUCCGUACCAUUGGAUGCCUUGGCGAGCUGAAGCAUCUGGCCCGGGUGACGGUACACACGUGUCCCAGCAUCACCAGUCUCCACGGCAUUGAGUGCAGCACUUCGCUGACGGAGAUCAACUUGACCAGCUGCAUCAAUCUUUCCUCUAUCACGUCACUGGUGACCUUGCCUACGUUGCGGUCGCUGCGGAUCAACGGCUGUGCAGCCGUCGCACCGUCCCCCUUCAUGGAGGCCAUUCUGUACUCUCCUCCCGCCUCUUCUUCUUCUGACGAGGGUGAGACGAACCGCCGCGCUCUCCAGCGUCUUAGUUACCUGCAGCUCAGCGAACUGGACAACAAUUGCGACAACCUGUCGGCUCUUCGUUUCCUUCCUCUGUUGACGGCCCUUGACCUCCACUUGACGGCAACGGACAAUAACGCAGUGGUGGUGAUCGCGAAAAACUGCGUGCAUCUACAGGCGCUGUCGUUGGCGGAGUGCUUUGUGAUCUCCGAGAUUGAGCCGCUGGCGGCGUUGCCGUACCUGUCGCAUCUGCUGCUGCGCAACACUACUAUCAGUGACGCAAGUCUCCGGCGUUUCUGCGAAGGAGUACCGCCGUCCCUCCGCGUGCUGGAUAUCAGUGAGUGUGACGACAUCACCGACUGCUGCUGCGUAACCAGCAUCGAGACGCUGACGCGGAUCAAUGCGCAGGGAACACGCGUUACGGCUGAAUCUGUCUAUGAGCUAGUGAAGGACACCGUGACAAUGGACAAUACACCGCGAACGAUGGGCGUCUCGUUGGAGACGGUUGACCUGCGAGGGUGCACGCAGCUGAAGAAUAUCUCUUCCUUGUUCGCUGGGAGGCGAUAA